GACUUCUGCACAGCUAAGACUCUAUACAUCAGUGACAGUGACAAGAGGAAACACUUCAUGCUGUCAGUCAAGAUGUUCUAUGGUAACAGCACAGACAUAGGAGUCUUCCUUAGUAAGAGGAUCAAAGUUAUCUCUAAACCAUCCAAGAAGAAACAGUCUCUGAAGAACGCUGACCUGUGUAUAGCGUCAGGGACCAAGGUUGCGUUGUUUAACCGGCUGCGUUCUCAGACCGUCAGUACCCGCUACCUUCACGUGGAGGGAGGGAACUUCCAUGCCAGUUCACAACAGUGGGGAGCCUUCUACAUACACCUCUUGGAGGAGGAAGAACGGAAGGGAGGAGUUUGCA